UGGCAGCGGGCGCGCGCGAGUACAAACCAACGUGUCUAUAUCAUAGAAGAGAAAAAGUCCGUGUAUCAGUAUGCAGCGCAAUACGGUAGACAGCAGAACUAUACGAACGACGACGACGACGACGCGGAGUUGAGACCAGCAGCCAGCAGCCAGUCACGGUCUCCGGUGCUAGAAAGUCACAAGUGUCUUGUUAUAAGGGUGUGUAAUCCGCGCGCGAGUUCCCUUUUUCCGGUUCCGCUUUUGCGCUAUCUUAAUCCAAUUGGAAUUCCGGACAAUAAAUCCCGAUCCUAGCAUCGGCGCAGUGUGGUUGUGUGCAGUUGUAGGUGCUACGGUUAGGCGGUGUGCGUGGGGGUCCAAUGAGGUCCUAAGAACAAUCGAUUGAGCCCUGUUUACUUAGGUCUAUAUUUGCCAGGUUCUUAUCAACGGAUGAUAGGUUUGUCAACAAGUAAAAAAAAAGCGUUUGUUUUGCCGCUCGUGUUGUAGAUGUGUGAGAAAAGAUAUACGCGUGGUUAAUGUAAACAAUUAGUUGCCACUUACGAGCACAAAUAAACCUUGAAGGUACGUUGAAAAUCCUGUCGCUUGACAACGCAUUGGACCGAGCCCUAGCCGAAGAUUGACGAACUGCCCCUCAGGGAAGUGAGUGUAAUGAGGAUUGUGUUUUCCAGCGGCGCUUGUUCAAUGAUGAGAUCAUAGCUUCGUAUCAGAAGAGCGCGAAGUGAUUUAUUUGCCUAAUUCAAGCUUCAUAAGCACACACGAUCACACCGUGCCUGCAGUUGGUGAUAGAUGUUAUUAGAAACCGACGGUGGAGCAAACGUGAUGGAACAAUCGAAUGAGUCAGCUGCCGCUGCGGCGGCCACAGCUAGCAAUGUUGCACGGAGUUCUCAACCGGGCGAUUUUGCAGCUGCCGCCGCGGUUGUACUUUCACUGCAGAGCACCAUGGUAACCAGUCUGCAGCAAGCAGCGCUUAUGCCGGCCAAUUCUGCAGCUGCAGCGGCUUUCAACCUCCAGGCGCUGGAAUCAUAUCUUACGCUGCAAAGAAUUACCGGCAAAUCGGAUGUGUUGCGUCUUACCAAUCGCACACCUCUGCCACCGAUGCCACUUACAUCCUCGUCCUCGAGUACAACAUCGGCCACCAUCCACAGCACACCUUCCACUGAGGAUAUGCUGAUGGACACUCAACCUGCAACAGUGCAGCAGCUGCUCCAAAGCAAUGACCUCACGGAGGAACUCCCGGUCCUGGAUCAGGAUGAAGACCUAAAUUUCGAUGAUCCCAUGCACGAUACCAACUCCGACGGCAAUUCUCUCGACACUGGUUAUCCCAGCUUGGUUCUCAACGCUGCUUUCCAUCAGCAAAUGAGCGCCGAUAAAUUUAAGACACUGGCAGCAACAGCAUCCUCGAGCUCUGUGGCGGCUGUCGCUGCAGCGGCCAGUUUUGUUGCAAGUUCAGCUGCCGCUGCUGCUGCUUCAUCAAAAAAAUGCACCACCAUCUCAACUGCAACUGCAACGAUCACGGCCAGCAGUCAGCAGGGACAGCAAUCCUCAGCCAUCACAGCCACAACGACCGCCGCGAGCCAGAGACCAAAAAAGCAAUUCAUCUGCCAAUUUUGCAAACGGCAAUUCACCAAGUCCUACAAUCUGCUCAUUCACGAGCGGACACACACCGACGAGCGGCCAUAUUCGUGUGACAUCUGUGGCAAAGCCUUCCGUCGGCAAGAUCACCUCCGAGAUCAUAGAUACAUCCACUCGAAGGAGAAACCCUUCAAAUGCUUGGAAUGCGGAAAAGGAUUCUGCCAGUCGCGGACGUUGGCCGUCCACAAGAUCCUGCACAUGGAGGAGUCCCCCCACAAGUGUCCGGUUUGCAGCCGAAGUUUCAACCAGCGGUCGAACCUGAAAACGCAUCUGCUUACCCACACCGAUAUUAAGCCGUAUCACUGUGCCGCCUGUGGUAAGGUGUUCCGGCGGAAUUGUGACCUCCGAAGGCACAGUCUCACCCACAAUCUAGGCUCCACGGGUGGACCCGGCUCCGACGGUCAGCUGGAUUUGGCUGGAAGUUCCUCCGCGGGGGCGAGCGAUUCCGAAGCGAACACCGUCGACUUGAUGGCGCUGGCAGGGGUUGAUUAGGAACUGCUAGGUUAUUAUCAGUGCCUUGUAUGGAAUACUAUUCUUAUUGUUUCAUAUUUCAAACAGUUGACAGUUAGUGAGAUAGGCAUUAUUACUACCAGCGCAUCAUCGAGUGCAAUUUGAUGCUUUUAAUGAAGUCUGUUAUUGUUGUUCUAUUAUUAUUGAUAUUUGCGAUGAAGUCUCGUUGGAUGUGUAACUUUAAAUUUCAAACACCGAAAUGAGCCCGUUUUGGGCACAUAAAUUUAUUAAAAUUCACUCUCCAUCUCAGAAUGAAAAUGGGAUGUGGAACUAAAACAGAUUGAGAGUAAAGUGACAAACAGUAAAAACGACAAACUAUAAAUAAGAUACGGAACCAGUUCUAGCCGACAAAUGUUGCGUGUUGUGUAAGAUUAUGUAUACUUAGUGCUAGAGAAUCAUUUUAAACGCUGUCUGUAAUCAGUAUAUACAAUAAGUAGCUAGAAUUGGAGCGUUCGCAUUGGUCACAAGAGAAAAAAGUACCGAAAUUUCGCUUAAAAACUGUGAACACUAAAUGAUAUAUUUUACACCGAUAAAAUGAUUUAAACUAAGUAUCAAUAACUGGAAAAUAGCUUGAUUAUUGAUAUUAGGCUAAAGAGAGAAAAAAACGGACACACUGAGUAGUGUCCGGAGAAUAAAUGUGAAAUAGUAAUGGUAUAUAUACCCGUGAGACAAAUAAGAAAAGUGAGCUUAGAUUUAGCAACAAUACCGGAAUAGCAUUCGGAGUGUAUUUUAUUACGAAAUAAAGCUCCCU